AUGAGUGAUAGCAAUUAUCAUAUUAAGACUGAUAAUCAAUCGGUUCGAAAAUUGAAUUUUGAACAUGAGGAUUCACCACUUGUGAUAGUUGAACAACCAGAACCAAUAUCAAUAGAUAGCAACGAUAAAAUUCAUGCCAAUGUAGAAGAAGAAGUGAUUCCGAAAUUAGGAAUUGAGUUUGAGAUUGAGCAAGAUGCGUAUGAUUUCUAUAAUAGUUAUGCGCAUGUAGUUGGAUUUAGUAUUAGGCGAAGUAAGGGCCACAAGGGUGAUAAAGAUGGUUCACGUAAAUGGUUAGAUAGAGUUUUUUGUUGCUCUUGCGAGGGCAUACGAGGGAAUGACAAAAGAGAUGAUAAUGUGAAAUGCCAUCGUCCAGAAACAAGAUGUGGUUGCAAAGCAGAGAUGAAAAUUAGUUGUAGAUAUAGUGAAAAAUAUUGUGUGGUAAAAUUUGUGUCAGAGCACACACAUGUCUUAGCUUCUCCUCGUAAGCGUAUAUUCCUUCGAUCUCAAAGGUCCAUUAAUCCAGCCCAAGCUGUUGAGGCUGAAUUAGCAGAUAGUUCUGGAAUUGCACCAAGAGCAAGUGUAGGACUAAUGGCCCGAAGGGUAGGUGGACUUGACAAUCUUGGCUUCAUUCCUGAGGAUUAUAAUAAUUAUUUGCGUACAAGACGAACAGAAGAGAUGAAAAACGGGGAUACAGGAGGCUUACUUGAAUAUCUUCAAAGAAUGCAAUCUGAAGACCUUAAUUUUUCUUAUGCAAUUCAGGUUGACCUUGAUGAUCUAAUUACAAAUAUUUUUUGGGCAGAUGGUAGAAUGAAGUUGGAUUAUGAAUAUUUUGGGGAUGUAGUUUGCUUUGAUACAACUUACAAAAAAAAUAAAGAAGGUAGGCCGUUUGCAUUGUUUGUUGGUGUAAAUCAUCAUAAACAAACUAUCAUCUUUGGUGCUGCAUUGUUAUAUGAUGAAACAUCUGAGACUUUCAUAUGGUUGUUUGAUUCUUUUCAUAAAGCAAUGUUUGGUAAGAAACCACAGACUAUCCUCACAGACCAAGAUGCUGCAAUGGCAAAGGCAUUAGCUUCACAAUGGCCAGAAACACAUCAUCGUUUAUGUGUUUGGCAUAUGUACCAGAAUGCAGCUAAGAAACUCAAAGAAGUGUUUGGAAGGUACAAUACUUUUGCAGCAGAUUUUAGUAGCUGUGUAUAUGACCAUGACUAUGAAGAUGAUUUUUUAGAUGCAUGGGAUAAUAUGCUUGAUAAAUAUGAUCUAAAGAAUAACAGUUGGUUGCAAAGACAAUUUGAGUUAAGGGAGAAAUGGGCUUUGGUUUAUGGGAGGAAAACAUUUUGUGCUGAUAUGUCUACUACUCAGAGAAGCGAGAGUAUGAACAGUCAAAUUAAAAGGUACAUAACUUAUAAUUAUGACUUGUUGCGUUUCUUUCAUCACUUUCAAAGGUUGGUUGAUGAUAGACGUUUUGAAGAGUUGAGAGCAGAUUUUAAAGCAACUCAAAGUAAACCAUCAUUAGAAUAUCCAGUAGAAAUAUUGAAGCAUGCAGCAAGUGUUUAUACUCCUGCGGUAUUUAAGUUGUUUAAUCGUGAAUUAUGGCUCACUUGGGAUUGUGAAUUGCAUAAGGAGGGUGAGGUUGGAUCUGUGGUAAAAUAUAAAGUUAUUUCUCCCCGUAAAUCUCGCCAACACAUUGUUCAAUUUGAUUCAUUGGCUUCUACAGUGAUGUGUAGUUGUAAUAAAUUUGAAUUUGUUGGAAUUUUAUGUGCCCAUGCCUUAAAAGUGUUAUCUCUUCAAAAUUGUAAAAGGGUGCCAAAUCAGUAUAUUUUAAAAAGGUGGACAAAAGAUGCAAAGGUUGGUUCUGCAAUGAAAAAUUAUAUGCAUGUAGGACCACAUGACCAAAAUGCAGAUGUGGGAAGUUGUUAUAAAGUGUUGCUUAAAUUGUAUUCUAAUUUGGCAGCAAGAGCUGCACUGACUGAUGAGACUUUUCGUAUUUCUUUGGAUGCUCAUGAAAGUACUUUGAACAAAGUAGAGGCAAAUUUGAAAAAUUUAUCAAUUGAAGAAUCUACUGUUGGGAACACUCAUUUUAAAUCAAAGGCUCAACAAGCUAAUGAUAAUGUGCAGCCUACUAAUUGUGAAGGAAAUAAAAUUAAAGGAAUUAAGCUUAAAGGGAGACAAGCAUGUGUAGGGACAUCUCGUAGAAGAAAGGGUGCAUUAGAGAAAGCUACAAGAAAGAGAAAACGUCAAACUAAAGCAUCCUCUCAUAUUCAACAGCUCAUACCGGAAGAUAGUAUGGGAAAUUUAAAUACACCUGGCUUUACUGAUAUGCUGAACUUGACACAGGAAGAUAGCAUGACAAAUUUAAAUACACCUGGCUUUAUUGAUAUGUUGAACUUGAUACAGGCACAAUUACCCAAAGUGGGAAAUCAAAGAAAUUAUGAAGAUGUUGAAUAACAAGAUAGAAUUGAAGAUAGAAGUGCGAUUGCUUGUAGGAAUUUAUCAGCCACGCUUCAAGUCCAUAGGUAUCAUGCAUUGAGAUAUUAACUUAAUUUUGCAAAUUUUUUAUCUUUUACUAUGGUUUUCUAGAUGUGUCUUUUAGUUAGAUCUUGUUAGCAAAUGGGCUCCUUGAACUUCUGUAUUUGGGGGAGGAGCAUCGUUUUUUGUUUGUUUGUAGGUCUAAAACUUCCGCUUCCUUUAAAAAUUAUCUUCUUUGAACUUCUGUAUUUGUGGCACUUGCCUGAUUUUGUUCAUGGAGUCCUAUUUUAAUUGUAGUGACAAAGUUUUUGACUCUAGAGUCAAUUGAAAGUCAUAUCCAUAUAGAGAAAAUACCGGUGGAUUUUAAAUUUCAUAUAUGAGAUCCUAUUAGCCUAGCAUGACAGUACAAUUGUAACUAGCCUCUCCUGACAAGUUUACUCCCUGCCUAUGGAUUAGCCUCUUCUUGAUAGCUCCAAGCAAUGGCCAAAGCACAGUGGCUAGCCAAGCAACCCAACUGACAGCAUGGUUAGCCUUGAGAAGCAAAAUUUGGGGCUUCACUCUUUCACUCUUCACCCCUUCAAAUGGCCGAAUGGCCUCUACUUUUAUUUCUUCAUCUUUUCCUUCUUUUCUCCCUUUGACACUCUUCACAUCAAGUCAUAAUAAAUGCAAGCCAACUUAUCUUGACUUUGCUUCAAACAAUUUCUUUUCUUCAGCUCUCCCUAAGCCGAAUCACCCUUGCCUUUUGCUUCUUUCUUUUCUUUCUUACUUCCAACGUGUCCCACAAGUUUAACAUCACUUAUUCAUUUAUGUGGCUUGACUUUUGUAUAUCCCUUCAUAAAUGUUGCUGGACUUUUGUACAUAAUUAUAGAGGAAAAGAUUAACUCAAUUCUUCUCUUUCGGACAAGAUUCUCCAGCAAGUUCAAUUUGCUUUGCUGACUUCUUGCCAAUUCUCCAACAAGCUCAU